AUGUUCUACAACGCCCUCAUCCGAACCCACCAUAUCACCUCCCGCAAAAAGGUGUCUGCGCUGAAACGCGCAGCCGAUAUACACAAUUGCUUCGUGCUUCUACGCUCCGGUGGUUGUCCAGGGAUAAUGUAUGUCGAGGCGAGAGACCAAACCGCUGUUGAGUCUUGGGUGACUGUCGUUCGAAAACUUCGGUACAAGGAUUUUCAACUAGCCACGCGACCAGGACCCCUCAACGACGAGAAUCAGACAGACCUUCGUGAUCAGAAGCAGUCACACCACCAGACAAGAAUGAGGGAUAUACGAGCCGGUGUAUCUGAGGUAGAAACCGUCAAGGAGUUUGGGAGUUUAAUGGAACAACGAGGUGUCUGGAAAUGGUGGAGAAAGGGGAUGGGAUACGUUGGUUGA